AUCACACAGUCUUGUGUGCAUUCAAACACUGGCCAAUGACUGCUUUCCCCUAAAGUGUCUGAGUUUACAGUGUGUGUAAAGCUGCAUAAAUAGAGUCCUCGGGGACUGUAAUGUUACAUUCCAACUGCCUCCUUGCAAAAACAUAGACUUGUACACAAUGUGUUCCCCGAGGAAAAUAACCAGUGCUGGAGUAAGAUUACGCUGUAAAUGUAUCAAGAACCUGGAGCCAAGCAUGAAAAAGGCGACCAAGCCCACGGCCGCCACCUCCAGAACCUCAGCGGGCACUAAAGCCCCAGGCAGACCUGAGGGAAACCGUAACAUGGGCACUGGUGGCAAGAUGACGAACAAAACCCAGAGUUCAGCUCCACUGUCUAAGGCAAAGAGCAAUGAUGAUCUCCCAGCGGUGAGUGCAGGAAGUGGACCAGUAUCUGUUAGCAACAGUAACACUACUGCUAGAAACAAGAGAGGAAGCUCCUCUCAGAACACCAGCAGCACUGAGACCAGGUCCAAGACCAGUUCAGGAAGACGUGUAUUGUCAUCCACAGCCAAGGAUCCAGGUACGACCCGAGAAAACGUGCGAGAACGUUCCAGAACUAGUGUUGCCAAAAAGCUUGCGGGACCCAACGAUGCCAUGCCUCAGAAACGAUCACGAUGCCGUAACGUAGCUGAGACUGAUUCUCGGAUGAGCAAAUCUCGCCCAGACAGCCAGAUGAGCCAGAAAGCAGUGCUGGAGUGCCAAGUGAACGACCUGCUGGACUUAUCCAAAAGCAAAGACCUGGAGAUCCUCCAUCUCCGCUCUGAACUUAGAGGUAUGAGAGCCCAACUUGGUCUUGAAGAACUUGAGGCCCCUGAUGCAGGACAAGCAUCUCAAGAGACCAAGCAGCCUCGGGAGAAAGAGAUUUCUUCAGUGAUCAGUGCCACAGAUGUGGAGUCCACUCUGCUCCUCCUUCAAGACCAGAACCAGGGCAUCCUUGAUGAGCUAAAUAUGCUGAAGAGCGAAAACCGGAUGCUGAAGGAUCGUCUCAAUGCUCUUGGCUUCUCUCUGGAGCAUCGUCUAGACAGCCCUGACAAAGUUCUGCGCUGCCCAUCCUUUAGUCCUGAGCCUGUAUCUGGUGGAGGCAGUGGAGGUCACAGCGAAAACUGUGGGGGUGGUAUGCCUGCAUCUUCUGCAGAAGGCUCUGCCCAAGGCUCUACCGAGGACCUGCUUUCAGAAACGAGACGUGUAGGCUCUUCAGAUGCACUGGACAGUGAGUGCAGUGAGGCCUACCAGCCCAUCACCUCCAGUGAUGAUGCUCUGGAUGCGCCCUCAGGUUGUGGAUCCUCUUCUGAAUCAGAAGGAGGGCCACCGAGCCGGGAACAUUCCCGCAGGGGCAGCAGCGGGAACACCAGUGAGAUUUCCGUGGCCUGCCUGACUGAGCGCAUCCAUCAAAUGGAGGAGAACCAGCACAGCACAGCAGAAGAACUCCAGGCCACUCUGCAGGAGCUUGCUGACCUGCAGCAGAUCACGCAAGAGCUGACCACAGAGAAUGAACGCCUUGGCGAGGAGCGUGGCAUUCUGGUCGACUCCAUCUGUCAGCAAGGGGAGCGACUAGAACUGUACGGUAGACAACUGGAUUAUUUCCGAGGCCUUCUUGACGAGCAUCGGGUGGCCUAUGCCAAGGAUGAUGAAGAUGCCAAAAGCGGUCGAUAUGUGGAGCUGGAAAGGCGCUACGCCGAGCUGAACGAGGGCUCACAUUUUGAGCGGGAGCAGUUGUUGGGCGUUCAGCAACAGCUAAGCAGUGCACUCAAGAUGGCAGAAGAGGAGAACGCAGAAGCCCAAGGACUGAUGGCGGCAUUGAAGGAGCGUGUCCAUAUGGCUGAGAGAGCUGUGGAAAUGGAGCGGAGGGAACGGGCUGUCGCUAAAGCAGAAUUGGAAGCACUGAGGGUGGUGUCCGAAGGGGAGCAGGUGGAGCUGAAUCGCUGCAGAAUCCAACUUGAGCAAGAGAGGCAGAGGGUUGCCCAGCUCCUCUCCAUUCACAAUGCAGGGGAUAAGACAGACAUACGCCACCUGCUGGACAGCGAGAGAUUAGACAAAGAGCGAGCAGAAGCCAAAGCAGCUCAGUUACAAGAGGACCUGGGGCACACACGCAGUGAAGCUGCCCAGCUCCAGGAGGCAAUUAGCAAGCUGGAGGGUGAGUUCCGAGCGUUUCGUGACGAUGUCCAGGCACAGUUAGCAGAGCAGAAGCAUCUCCUGGAGCAGCAGUGCUCUGAGCUGGAGGAGAAGGACACCGAGAUCGCCGACAUGAAGGAGACCAUCUUUGAGCUGGAGGAUGAAGUCGAGCAGCAUCGUGCUGUCAAGCUUCAUGACAACCUCAUUAUUUCUGACCUGGAGAAUUCCAUCAAAAAGCUUCAUGAUCAGAAAUAUGACAUGGAGAAGGAGAUUAAGGUUCUUCACCGAAAACUGCGGGAGGAAUCAGCCGAGUGGCGGCAGUUCCAAGCUGAUCUGCAGACAGCCGUCAUCAUCGCCAACGACAUCAAGACCGAAGCUCAGGAGGAGAUCGGAGACCUGCGGCGCCGCCUGCAGGAAGCUCAAGAGAAAAAUGAGAAGAUGAACAAAGAGCUGGAUGAACUAAAUAGCAAGAAACAGGAAGAGGAGCGCGGCCGUGUGUAUAAUUAUAUGAACGCAGUAGAAAGAGACUUGGCUGCGCUGAGGCAGGGGAUGGGCCUGAGCCGACGUUCCUCCACUUCCUCUGAACCUUCACCCACUGUCAAAACACUCAUCAAGAGCUUCGACAAUGCCUCACAAGGUCCUGUUUCAGCCAGUCCUGCCGCUGCUGUUGCUGUUGCUGCUGCUAUUUCCAGAACGCCCCUCAGUCCCAGUCCCAUCAAAACCCCUCCAGCCGCUGCCGUCUCUCCCAUGCAGAGGCACACCAUCAGCUCAGCCAAACCUCUGUCAUCAAUGCUGGACAAGAGAACGAGCUACACAGACCUGAGCAUACCAGCGGACCACCACCUCCGGACCUCACCUGUAACGCGACCCAGCUGCAGCCUCCAGAGGGUGACAAACAUAGACUCGACUAAGUCUUUAUCAGUUUCUCGCAGAAGCAGUGAAGAGUUAAAGAGAGACUUGUCGGUAACAGACACAUCAACGCCAUCAUCAAUUAUUGCGUUAGGCUCGUCUUCUCCUCAGCUUUCUUUGUCGUCCAGCUCCUCCUCCCCGACCGCCUCGGUCACACCUACCACACGAGGACGUUUACGAGAGGAACGGAAGGACCCUCUGUCUGCAUUAGCCAGGGAAUAUGGAGGAUCCAAGAGGAAUGCUCUGCUCAGGUGGUGCCAGAAGAAGACUGAGGGUUAUCAGAACAUUGACAUCACCAACUUCAGCAGCAGCUGGAAUGAUGGGCUGGCUUUCUGUGCCAUACUUCACACCUAUCUGCCGGCACAUAUCCCCUACCACGAACUCAACAACCAGGACAAGAAGCGAAAUUUCACUUUGGCCUUCCAGGCAGCAGAAAGUGUGGGAAUUAAAUCGACACUGGACAUUGGUGAAAUGGUGCACACAGAAAGACCUGACUGGCAGUGUGUCAUGACCUACGUGACGGCCAUCUAUAAGUAUUUCGAGACCUGAGGAUCUUCUUGAACGUCUGCAGUCGGUUCACUUUCCUUGCUGCGGCCAAGAUGCUACAAAUUUCCCAGAUGCCUUAGCUGCGAAUCCUUACGGUUUCCUCCAGUCUGUUCCCAGAAUCCUGUAUAGCUGCUGAAACAGGCCAGAUCCUACGAAGCUUCUCCGAACUGCAGUGCUUUUGAAGAGAAGUGGGAAGUCGGUGGGAUCAUGAGCCAGCAACUUGCUUUAAGAACAUUGCUACACUAAUUAAAGUGUAUUGUGCCCACCGAGCAACACAAAUGUGUAAUUCUGAAUACGAUUGCCUUUGAAUGUUGCCUUGUUUUAUAGUUUUGUCAUAAGGAUGCCCUCUGCAUGCCAGUAUUGGUCUUAGAUUAUCAGUAUUUAUUCCAUAGAGUGAUGGCACAACAGGCUUCGCCCUCACAAAGAUGCCCGAAUAAGCUUAAAUCUGACAAAAAAAAAAGGAAUAUUUCUCCCUAAAAUACAAGUUUGCUGGCAAUUUACUCAUCCUCAGGCCAUCCAAGGUGUACAUUAGUUUGUUUCUUCAUCAGAAAAGAUUGAGAGAAAUUUGGCAUUAAAUCACUCACCAGUAGAUCUUCUGCAGUAAAUGGGUUUGUUUCUUACAAACAUGCACUGUUUUCUCUUCACAAGAUGUUAAUUAAAGGAUUACUUGUGGAUUGUUGUGUUAUUUUUAUCAGCUGUUUGGACUCUCAUUCUGACGGCACCCAUUCACUGCACCGAAUCCAUUGGUGGGCAAGUGAUGCGAUGCUAAAUUUCUCCAAAUCUGUUCUAAUGAAUUUGAAAUGAAAUGAAAUUUAGGUUUUUGAACUACUCUACUCUUUUAACAUUCAGCUUGGUUUUGUUGAUAUGUGUUUUUUUUUUAUACACUAAACGAAAGCUAAUUAUGAAUCUAAUAUGUAAUUUGUAAUGAAGCUGUUUGACAAUUUUUUUUUUUUUACUCUAUGCUCAUUCCAGCUCAUCUUUCAUCACUGAAAAUGCUGCAAGACCUUUUUUCCGCUUGAAAUGUCAGCACAAAUGAAAUGCAUGGCUGCUUGUUUUCUGUUUUACAGGAUAUUUUUCAGCAUUUCAGUUCUUUUUGUCUGCACUACUAAUCCUUAUUUGACACCUAAAGCCAGCUGGGUUCUGGAAGCUUGCUGAUUCAGAUUGAGUUUGUCUUAUGGGUGUAAAAGCACAAAUAAAAAAGGCUGAAUGUGGAUUCACUGAUAUGAAUUAUGAAAUAAGACCACUACAAUCCAGCCGCACUGUCAGCACAUGGUUAAAUCCCGUAUUGUACCUCUCCCAUUAUAUACUUUACGUCUGUCAAUAAGCCUCCGCACACAAAACCCAAGCCUUACAUGGAAAAGAAAAGGCCAAUAGCACAAUUGAUGUUUUAGAUAAACUUGCUCUGCUGUCUUCACUGCACUGCUGUUUUAACAUUUUUGUUUUGUAAAUUCUUCGAAGGGAUCAAGUGGGUUGCAGCAAAAUGAUUCUGCCAAUCACAACAGUUCAAAGUGAAUUUUAGGUCAAGGGCACGUCUUGUUUUUGCUAAACUAUAAUUUAUUCCAUUUAAGCUACGGAGAGCCCUGUCGUGUUUUAAAUGAUAGAUUUAGUUUGACAGUCCUCAGUGGUGUAUUGGUUUGUUUAUAUGUGGAAAUGUCAUUGACACUGACAUUGAAUUACCUAGAAAAGGUCAGUAGUGACAAGGAGUAUUUUUGUUUGGAUCUUCUUGUGAGAUGUAGGUUGUGACCUAAUCAUGUAAGGUUUAAUAUGAAGAUUUCGAUUUGAACCAAAUCAUGUCAUAUCAUACUGUGCUUUUCUUUAAAACAUUUUAUAAUUCAUAUGUGUAUAAAUCCUGGAAUGCCUUUUUGACACUACAUAUGCUUUUUUGUUUCACAAAGAAAGAUUCCUAGAGCACUGUAUGACAUAUCAAGGGGGAAAAAAGUACAGUAAGGUUUUGUGAGAACAAUAUUUGUGUGCACAAAUACAGUCUGAUAUUUUAAAAUGCA